GGGCACCGCCGGCAGCGCGGGGACGAUGCCAGCAGCCCCCCGGCACUGCGGUCACCCUCGGCCGGGCGCGGGGGCCACCGGAGCCGAGCCAUGGAUUCUUUCUGCUUCGUCUGCUUCCAGAAAGAGGAGCUGCAGCCCCUGCACCUGCACAGCGCAACCAUGAGCGCGGGCUCGAUUGAGCAGGAGCCGUCGCGCAAGCUGGGCUGCUGCGGGGUGCCCCUGAUCACCGAGGACAUGCAGUCCCUGGCCAUCCGCACCCUCUCGGGCACCGACAUCACCAAGCACUACGACCUCAUCCGCGAGCUCGGCAAGGGCACCUACGGCAAGGUGGACCUGGUGUCCCACAAAAGCACAGGCACCAAGAUGGCCCUCAAGUUCGUCAACAAGAGCAAGACGAAGCUGAAGAACUUCCUGCGGGAAUUCAGCAUCACCAACACGCUCUCCUCCAGCCCCUUCAUCAUCAAGGUCUUCGACGUGGUCUUCGAGACCGAGGACUGCUACGUGUUCGCUCAGGAGUACGCCCCCGGCGGGGACCUCUUCGACAUCAUCCCGCCUCAGGUGGGGCUCCCCGAGGAGCUGGUGAAGCGCUGCGUGCAGCAGCUGGGCCUGGCCCUCGACUACAUGCACAGCAAGAGCCUGGUGCACCGGGACAUCAAACCGGAGAACGUGCUGCUCUUCGACCGCGACUGCCGCCGCGUCAAGCUGGCGGAUUUCGGCAUGACGCGCAAGGUGGGCUGCCGGGUCAAGCGCAUCAGCGGCACCAUCCCCUACACGGCGCCCGAGGUGUGCCAGGCCGGCCGCGCCGAGGGCUUCGCCGUGGACACCAGCAUCGACGUCUGGGCUUUCGGGGUGCUCAUCUUCUGCGUGCUCACCGGCAACUUCCCCUGGGAGGCGGCCGUGGCGUCCGACGCCUUCUUCGAGGAGUUCGUGCGGUGGCAGAAGGGGCGGCUGGCGGGGCUGCCCUCGCAGUGGCGCCGCUUCACGGACAGCGCCCUGCGCAUGUUCCAGCGCCUGCUGGCCCUCGACCCCGAGAAGCGCUGCCCCGUCAAGGAGGUUUUCUACUUCAUCAAGUGCGACCUCAUGGCCGAGGUGCGGUGCCGGCCCUCGUACCGCUCCCGCAAGCACGCCAGGGACAAGCUCCCGGCCGGGCCGCACUGCCACGAGGCCGGCGGCUCCUGCACCCCCGCCCCGCUCAAGAGGACCGUCCUGACCGAGGGGAGCGGAGCGGCCCGCCCCGAGCCCGGCGCAGCCGCCCCGGGCCCGGCCAGCAGGACAGACGGACGGCAGGACAAGGGCAAGGGGCAGAUGGUCCUGGCCACAGCAAUAGAGAUCUGCGUGUGACGGCUGCGCCACCCGCCCGUCCCCCGCCCCGGGGACAGCGAUGGGGCAGCGCGCCGUGGUGGCGGCACGAGCCGGGACCGGGCUCUGGGUUUCCCAAAGGAAAAAAACAAAAAAAAAAAAAAGGAAAAGAAACACGAUGGAAGAGGAAAAGGACAGAACUGGUUGCGCUCCGUAGCGCCGAGGAUGCCGAUCCCCCCGCCCCGCCUGGGCACCGCUCGCUGCUGGGGAGGCCGGGGGCACCCACGGCCCUGGCACGGCUGUGCUGCCCCUCCGAGGCUCCCCGGGGCACGGGGAGGGGUCUCCCAGGGCGGGGAGGAAGAGUCGGGGCAGCGGGCGAUGCACGGGCUCUGCCCCAGCCCUGCUCGCCCCGCCCGGAGCGGGAAGGCCGAUGACCCUGCUCGGUGGAGGAGGCCUUUGGGGGUUUGGGUGGGUGGUGAUUCGCCCUCUUCCGCCGGUCCCUGCCGCGCCGUGGGACCGGGAGGGCGCGGGGAGGCGGGUGACGGGGAGCCGGGGGUCGCCAGCAGCCCCCGAGCCCCGGCGGCCCCGGCUGCCUCCCUGUCGUGGGAGGUGCUGGCAGCCAUUGAUGUAGCAAGUGUCCCUGUCUGUGUCGUUGUGUGUCCCAGCCGCUGCCCCGGGCCGGUGCCGGCCGUGCCGCAGGGCGGAUGCUCGGGCCGGGCUGGCUCUGCCGUGCCGCUGUCCCCGCUGUCCCCUGUGCAGCCCCUUUGUACCCGGGGAGGGGGCAGGUGGCAGCGGUGCCUCCAGGCUGCACGGCCCGGGAGCGGGGCAGGGAGCUCCGAGCGGCCUCCGCGGGCCCGCCUGCUUCUCCGUGCUGUCCCCAUCACCUCUCCUCGCUGUCACCCCUUCCCCACCCUGUCACCUCCCCUGGGGCUGGCGGGGACAGCGGGACAGGCCCUGCCGGGGCUGGCUGCAGCCACCGGUGGCCCCGCAGUGACAAUGUCCUGGGCUCUGCGUGGAGGUCACACCUUCCCUCCCGGAUUCGGGCACCCAGCAGAGCGGGGCGCUCCCGCACCGCCGCUGUGGGGGCACCCCAAGGCAAGAGCGCCCUGCUGUGGUUCGGGCUUCCCUCGCACGGGGUGGGCGCCGUGGGGCGGCCCCGGUGCCCCAAUUCCCCACAAAGGGCUAUAACGCUUUCCAGCAGCAGCAGCAGCCGCAGUUUACAGAGCAGGGGCCGCCCCCGCCGUGCCCCGUCCCCGGCACCCCCGGGCCCGGCGUUAGACGUAGCAUUGCCCCACGUAGAGAGCUAGGCACCGGUUUUACUCCUCUUUGCCUUAGGUCCCUCGAUGUCCUCGAUCUUUCGUGCAAUAAUGUAGAUAAGGGAUCCCGGCCGCCCCGGGAGGGCUCGGUGGCACCGCCCGGCUGUGCCCCAGGGGGUGCCCGGUGUGAUUUCUGUCCCCGUCGAGGUCGCUGUGUCCGUAGGUUGUCAGGUUUUUAUUUCCAGUUCCCUCAGCUGUCGGGUUUCGGACCUUCUUCCCGUAGGAGAGGCUGUAGUGUCACAGACGUUACCUCAGUUUGUCACUGUCGAAAAGGAUUUCAAAAAACCACAACUGAAACCAUAAAAAAAAAAAAAAAGACAAAAUACAUAGUUAUAAAAGCAACAAAAAAUUUCUCAA